AUGGCCCUGCGCUCCCCGGAGCUGAGGUGGCUCGGCUCGCUCACGCGGCCCGGCCGCCUCGCUCCAUCCCCACUCGCGGCGCUCGCCUCCCCACGGCGCCGCCGCCGCGCACCGUCCCCGUCGCAGUCCCCUUCUUCGCCCUCGCCCUCCGACUCGUCCACCCCAUCUACCGCCCCCGCAUCCGCCGGUGCGCCGGGAGCGGAGGGGUUCGACGGGCCGGAGUGGAAGAAGGUCAGUGCCAAGCGGUUUGGGAUCAAGGAGUCCAUGAUCCCCGCAGAGGCCUGGAACGUACUACACCGCCUCCGCAGCAGAGGAUAUGAUGUGUACCUUGUUGGUGGUUGUGUUCGAGAUCUCAUAAUGAAGAAGACGCCAAAAGAUUUCGACAUAAUAACAACAGCUGAUCUUAGGCAGGUGAAAGACACUUUCUCAGGAUCAGCUGUUAUAGUAGGAAGGCGUUUCCCCAUAUGCCAUGUACAUGAGAACAAUUCCAUCAUUGAGGUGUCAAGUUUUUAUACUAGCGCAAGGGGGUCAAGUGGUAGCCAGAUUUACAAUUCAAAGAGCCAAAAUUGUAGCAAGAAUGAUUUUGUUCGCUGGAAGAACUGCCAAGGGAGGGACUUCACAAUUAAUGGGUUAAUGUUCAACCCAUAUUCAGAAAAGAUCUAUGAUUACUUGGGAGGCAUUGAAGAUAUUAAGAAAGCUAAGGUUCGGACUGUAAUUCCUGCUGGCACUUCGUUCCAGGAGGACUGUGCCCGUAUUCUACGUGCAAUCAGAAUUGCAGCUCGUUUAGGGUUUAGCUUCCCCAAAGAAACAGCUUAUUAUGUGAGAACGCUUGCUUACUCAGUGGCAAGACUUGACAAGGGAAGGAUACUCAUGGAGAUGAACUAUAUGCUUGCUUAUGGUUCAGCUGAAGCUUCUUUAAGGUUGCUGUGGAGGUUUGGCCUCCUUGAACAUUUGUUGCCCUUUCAGGCAGCAUAUUUCUCUUCGACUCGUUUUAAGAGGAAGGAUAAAGGAACUAAUAUGCUACUUGUCUUAUUUUCUAAGCUGGAUAAUUUUCUUGCACCUAAUAGGCCAUGUCAUAAUAGUCUAUGGAUAAGCCUUUUAGCCUUUCAUGAAUCAUUGGCACGCAAACCAUGUGAUCCUUUGGUAGUGGCUACUUUUGCACUAGCCUUCUACCUGGGAGGUGAUAUGUCUUUGGCAGUGGAUAUCGGAAAAUCAAUCAACCGGCAACAUGAUACUGGAUUUCCAGAGCUCUUAGAACCCAAAGUCUGGACAGAUAAGCAUUUGGCAGGUGAAGUACAAAGCUUCGCUGCAUUGAUGAAGCGGGCAUUAACUGAAAUGACUGAUGAGUAUCAUGUCGCAAAUGCUAUGGCGAAAAUCCCUCAAGCACCAUCGUCAGAUCUUGUGUUUAUACCACUACAAGCCUACCUGAAGGUUCUCAAAUUUAUCGAGAGUGUUCAAUAUGGCAAAAAGGAGCGUGGCUAUGAACCAAAACGUGACGGGAUGAUCAAUUACCAUAACCUGUCUAAUGGUACACAUGCAGAAAUAACAAAUCUCUUUACACUGGUGGUUUUCGACACACUAUACCCUACAGACAUGGAGGAUGAAGAUGGCUGCAGUUCUUAA